UUUCAGCGUGACAGUGCGGAGAUUGAACUGGACGUCUUCGGUCGGAUAGUGUCCUUUCCGAGACGUUAACGUUCUUGUAUGGCUCUUGCAUAAGAUAGCGUUGGGUUUUUCGGUUCAGGGAGGAGCCAGCGUUGGAUUCCUGGGACAUUUGUUCGUAUUAUAAAGUUUACAUUCAAUCAAAAUGCACAGAAGCUUUCCCCUACGGUGAAACUACAUUUCCGGGUUUGUGGGCCGGGCAGCCGCGUUUCCUCAGCUCAAGCCAUAUAAAUAAGAGAGAACCUGCAAGCUGCUGCCAUGAGUGUUGUACAGUCAUCUGUGCAUUCUUUCUUGAGGAUGUUUGAGGACAAAACACAAGAUUUCAUCCAUGACAUUGAGAAUGUCCACAUGGUUUGGCUUGAGGAGAUCCAACAAGCGGCCAACAUCAUGUUCUCAAGGGAUUUUAAUUCUGAACCAGAGUUAAUGCCCAAAACACCAUCACAAAAGAAGAAUACUCGCAGGAAGCGUGUGUCUGUUGGCCGGCAGGAAGAAGGUCAAGUCAGGCGAAGGUUCUCCAAGGGCAGGCGUAGUAAUCUUCGCGGGUCCUCUGUCACACCAUUGGACAUCGUUGUUGAAGAAGCCAUUCCAAAUGCUUCUGCAGCCAAAAGAAGCACCAGCACACGGCCAAAUCGUACUACUCGCACAAAAAAACAAACCAAGGUGGAGAUUGCAGAGGAUGAGCAACUGCAGCCUCAUGUAAGCUAUGACAGCAUAGAUGAAUGUAAUAAAAAGGCAGACCUAGUUGAGGAUGAGGCCGUGCAUAACAAUUGCGAGGUGGACAGCACAAACAUCCAGCCGGAUGUGCCAUGUGACGCAAGACAGUCUGAAAAUAAGAUACCGUCACCUGGUGUUGUCGUCAGCAUCCUUGCAUCGGAACGUUUAUCAGCUGAGCAAGCAACCAAACCCCAGCCCGUGCAGUCUCCUGGACGCACCGCUGCUAAAAUUGCAAUAGCUGGCAACAGCAGAAGCUCAAGGCGGAGCUCUGUGAAAUGUUCUCUCAAGGUGCGUCACUCCCUGGGCAGUUUGCGUCACAGUAUGACGCGGGAGUCUCUGCGCCGUGCCUCGCGGCAAUCGAUGCUGAAGAAGAAUGCGACUCGCAAAGGCAACUCAUCAUAUAGCAGCAACAUUGACGCUGCUUCUUCCUGUGAGUCCAUGGAAGAGAUGGAUGAAGUCGCAUCAGAAGCUGUAACUGCCAAUCCAGAAGUUGCUGUGACUGGUGGUUCAGAUGAUUCUCCUCAGACUACCAAGAGUGGGCAGCCAUCCUUGGCACGUGUCACUCGUUCUGUGGCAGCAAACUCCCCUAAACUGGCCCCACCUUCACUGUUUACCCCUGAGAGGAACUAUCUGCAAAAGAGAACAAUGUUCACUGAUACACAACAGACUCUGCAGGCUAGUCAGAGGUCAACUAAGAACAUCAAGCGACAAGCAGCUGAAACUACGGCGGAAAGCCCUGUUAAGAGGUGCACUCCUCCCAAGAGGAGUCGGAGUGCAGUGAGACCAAAUAUGAAAUCAUUUCUUCACACUGUGCAGAAGAAUCAAAUGCUGAUGAUGACUCAAAAUUCUUUCAACCGUAAUUCUGUAAUGAAGUCCUUCAUUAAAACUACCACUCCUCUGAAGAUUGAUCCUAAGAUGAACAUGAAUAUAGUGGCUAAAGAGCUCCAAAAACUUGAAGCACUUAAAAAGAAGCAGGAACAGGAAGAGGAGCGAAUGAGGAAGAUGGAGGAGGAGAAGAAAAAGAAACAAGAGGAAUUGAAAAGGAAGAGGGACGAGAGACUAAGGAAGGUGUACGAGGCCAAAGUGAAAGAAGAGCUGAGGGAAGAAGAAAAGAAGAAGAAGAUUGAGCAAAAAAUGGCUCACAUUGAUGAGAAAAAUGAUAAGCGUCAGGCGGCAGAGAUGGCUAAAAAACGAAUUGCCAUUAAACGUCAGGAAGAUCUUGAACAGAAACGAAAGCUGGAGGAAGAAACUAAAAGGAGGAAGAAUCAACAAGCAGAGGAGGAGAAGCGUCAACAAGAGUUUCUGGCUAGGAAGGCCACGGAGGAAGAAUUAAAAGCUAAGAAGCUGGCAGAAGCUCGCAGAGCCUUGGAGCUCAAGAGGGAGCAGGAGCGUGAGAGGGAACUGGAGAGAGAGCGCGUAGCUGCUGCUGAAAGCGAGCGAGUCGAAAAAGAGAAGGCUCUCGCUCUGCAACGGGAACUGGCGAGAGCAGCUCGAGAGAAGGAGAGACUGGAUUUGGAGGAGAAAAGACAAAAGGAGGAGCAGCAGCAGAGGUUAGCUGCAGAGGAGAAGGCUGCUAAAGACAAAGAGGCUGCUGCUAAACAAGUUGCCAAUGCAAAGACUGCUGCUGCCCUCAAUGUGACUGUGGAAAUUGAGCGAUCUGUGAUGAGCACACCUGCAGCAAAAGGCAGCAGCCUCAACAUCACUGUGGAUAUUGAGAAAUCACCACAGUCAUACUCUAUCACUCCUAAUGGUGGCAGCAAAACUUUAACUCUGACCAACAAUCUAGAGAACUACGGAAUGGACCAAAACAGUGAUGAUUCUACAGAUGAUGAGUCUGAUCCAAGAAAGCCCAUUCCAUCUUGGGCUGAAGGUCCCAAGCUACAGCAGAUCAUUAUGAAGCAGUACUUCAAUCCUCCUGACUUGGACUCUUUCUUUGGACCAAUCGAGCCACCAAAACUGGAGAACCUGUUUUACAAGAGCAAACCACGCUACUUUAAACGCACCAGCUCUGCUGUUUGGCACUCACCCCCUAAUGUAAAUAAACACUGAUGUAGUAAAACUGUACACAGUUGUUUCUAUUUGAAAUUCUUUCCAAUAAAAGUUUUUCUGUUUUUAUGAUAAUACAUUUGUGUUGAAUGUUGCAGAAUGUAUUAAAAAAUGUCAACUAUUGA